AUGAGUACCGAGGCAGCCAAAAAACGACGCUAUGAAGGGAACCAACAACAUCGCAAGCGGAUACAGAUGAUCCAUGAUCUACAAAUCGACUUCAGGUGGGGAAAAUACUCGAUCGACUUCGACACCCACAACCAGUCUCACUCGAAGGAGAUGUUGGAUUUUCUUCACAGUAUUGAACAGCAUGCAAGCUGGCCAUUGACAUAUCGCAGUGCCCUGGUGGAGAUCGUGACUAAAUUAAGCAAGCUGUCCGGCAAGAGUCAGGUCAUCACUGCAAUUCCUCAGGCCCUCGACAGCCUACCUCAACCGCCUGAUAUUAUUCUGAUUGAUGAUCCUGCCGAGCUUGACGAGGUCUUGAGCCAACCAUUUGCUAGACCUUUGUUCUAUUGCGCCUCCUUAGCGACGAAAAAACUGCACACGCGAGAGCAUCUCUCAGUACACGAGUUCAUCAACUAUCUGCAGCAAAGCGGAACAAGAGAGAUGGACGUUUAUGAUUAUACCAUACAUGAGCCAUCCGACCGUACUCGAUCCAUGUCAAUGGACAAUGUAGCAGCAUACUUUCAGACUCCGUCCGAUCGUCGCACAGCCUUAAAUUUCCUGGACAUCGAGAACCGGCGUGGUGAUUAUUGCCCCACUCAGAUUGUUCUACACAACUUGUUGUCUUCUAUCUCUUCGAUGGAGGCGACAAAGGUUAAUGACAAAGGCGUAGCCAAAACAAACUCGAGCUGGUCGGAAACUCGUCGAGAGUUCUUUCUUCUAUCGGGCAAGAACGCUGUAUCAACGAUUCAUGUGGACACUGCUGGGCAACUCACAUGGAUUACCAUACUCGCGGGGCGAAAGAUUUGGUAUUUUCCUCGGUGUAUCUCCCCGGAUGAGUCUCUACUGCUCGGUUUGAUGGGUAGUCAAAGCCCCAGUGGAUAUACCGGGGGAUGGGUCAAGGUAGAACUGAAGCCGGGCGACGUAUUGGUCAUGCCUCCUGGCUGCCCGCAUGCUGUCUUCUCACCAGAGGACACUUUAGCGGUCGGGGGCAAUUUUUACACUGCAGCACACUUCGGAUCGAGUCUUUGGAGCCUUUGGUCUCAGGAGAUGUACCCAGAUACCUUCAGCAAUGAAGAUAUCAACCUCAAUGACUACGCUGACCUAACAAAGAUUAUCAACCAUGCUACAGAGCUUAUGUCAGAGGCACAGAGGGCAAACGUUGCAUCUAAAGCGACGCUCUGGAAUGCUCAGAGUCUGCCAGCAGGAGUCUCACCGGAAUUGACAGUCUUUCUCAACAAUCUUUCCAAGCGGACGCGGGAUCCAAAGCAGAAAAAAGCCUGCCAACGCUUCCUCCAGCAGCUUGGCUCUGCCCAUGGUACUACCUCGCAAGACCUGGAAGAGAGUUGA